UAAAAAAAAACAAUACAAAUGGCCGAAGAUAAUUUCUUCGUGGUUUCACGAUUUUACUGAAUUGCUAGAGGAAUAUCUUACUGUUUUCAAUUAGAUUGUGUUUUGUGUAAUUAUAACACCAGUGGUUAAAUCUUCCUAGUUAUAAUGAUGAACCUGUUGGAACAUCGCCACCGAAACUGAACGGAAAAAUAGUCCAUAACCUCAAUAAAAAUUGAUAAAAUGGAGCUUCCUCAACCACCGCAAGAUCAAGACCUACGCAACAUAAUAGACAAGCUCGCGCAGUUUGUCGCUAGAAAUGGACCCGAAUUCGAGAAGAUGACAAAGAACAAACAAAAAAACAACCCGAAGUUCAGCUUCCUGUACGGCGGGGAGUACUUCAACUACUACCAGUACAAAGUUACGACUGAGCAAGCAAUUCUAAAGCAAUCGGCCGGUGGCGCUCCCGCUCCCGCCGGGGCUUAUAUGGCACAGAACAGGCAAUAUGUAAUGCCCCAACAGGCCGGCGCAACGCCCGCGCAGCUCGGGCUGGCAGCGUCGAUGGCGGCUGCGCCGGCGCUGCAGCAGUGGCUGGCGGCCAACUCCCAGCCCAACAAUGCACAGCCGCACUCCCAUGACCUGGACAACGUCAAUGCACAGAUCAACAUGCUAAAAGAGCAAAUCACUCAGUCUGAGAAUAAUCUCAAUGCUCAGCACACCGUGUUGAUUCAGCAACAGCAGGUGAAGGUGAAUGAGCUGGUGAGCAAGGCUCAGGUGGAGACCAUCCAUGCUAUGGCUGAGAACAACAACAUCAGUCUUACUGAACUUGACGCCAUUCUGCAACCAAUUAUUGACUCGUGCACUAAAGACAGCAUUUCUUCUGGCAAGGGCUGGAUAUUGCAGCACGCGACGUCUCACGACGCGGGCAAAGUGAUAUCUCAGCAUCUACUCAGAAAAGUGACGCAGUCUGGCGCCGCGUUCACUCAGAAACUGCACAUCAUAUACUUGGUGAACGACGUCCUGCACCAUUGUGCACGCAAAAACGCAGAAGAUCUCAAGAAAAAUUUGGAAAAUGUGGUGGUUCCAAUGUUUUGCAAUGCCAGUAUAGCGGUGACGGAGGAACAGGAGGCUAAGCUAAACAAGCUGCUCCGGCUGUGGGAGUCCAAGUCGAACUAUUUCGAAACUGCCGUCAUUGAGAAAAUGAAGAGUCCUACAAGCUCUUACCAGGAAUAUCAGAAUAAUCUGAUCGCGCAGCACUCUAAUGCUAUCGCACAUUUGGCACAACAAACUAAAACUACUUUCGAAAACUAUCAAACCCAGCACCAAGCUUUUGUUACUCACACAAUGCAGCAAAUCCAACAGCUGGAAAUGCAAAAGCGAGCUAUAGAGCUACAGAAUAAUCACGACCAGAAUAAAGACAAUCAAAAUAAUGUGCAAAACUCUUUCAAAAAUAAUAGUUUCAAUGAUCAGAACUUUCCAUCACAUUUCGAUCAGAGUUUCAACUCGAACAGUCAACAGUAUGGGAGCGAAAGCGGUGACAACUACGCGUCUAACAACAGUAUAAGUGGAAACGAGAACAGUUACGACAGUCAGACCUUUGACCAGAUUAUUCAAAAGAAAGAGAAUGAUGAGCCUGACUUAUCGAAUCUUCCAAACGUGAACUUCUCCCAGCCUCCGCCGGGCUUCCCGCAGAAAGAGUCGGCGCUGUUAGCAUUCCAGAACGGUCUUCCAGAUCUUAGCAAACCCCCACCAGGCUUCCUACCUUUCCCUGAAGUAAACAAUGAAGAUUUGAUGCCAUCUGUACCUUACUUCGAGUUGCCUGCAGGGUUAAUGGUACCACUUAUAAUGUUAGAAGACGACCGGUACAAGCCAUUAGACCCAGCAAAGAUCCGGCUCCCGCCGCCAGCGCCACCGAACGAGAGAUUACUUGCAGCAGUUGAUGCCUUCUAUGCAGCCCCUAAUCACGAACGGCCGAGAGAUAAUGAGGGUUGGGAGAAGUUAGGUUUGUACGAGUACUACAAAGCCAAAAACGCAGCUAGAAAAGCCAAGGAAGAAGCGGUAGCGCAAGGCAGGAGGCCAAAAUCUAGAUCUCCUAGCCCGAUACCUAAAGACUUACAGAAGCAACCCACCCCACCUGGAAGAAGAUAUAGGUCAAAGAGUAAAACGCCAGAGAAAAUAUCGCCAGAGAAGUCCCGGUCGCGUUCGCCAUCACCCCGACGGAAAUCCGCGUCGUGGAGACGGGACCGGGAGCGAGAAAGCCGCAGAAGAUCUCGUUCCCGAUCGAGGUCACGAUCACGCAGCAGAUCGCGAGAGCGUGACAGACAUCGCGACUCGCCGCGGUCACGGCGCGUCGAACGUUCCAGAUCUCCCACACCACCUAGUUUUAUGAGCGGGGCGUCGUUCCCCGGUACCUCUGGGGGUAUCGACUCGACCAACAAAGGUCAUCAGCUACUGCAGAAGAUGGGUUGGAGCGCGGGCGGGCUUGGCGCGGCGGGGCAAGGCAUCGCCGAGCCGAUCAGUGGAGGCGCUGUCAGAGAUAAACAAGACCAAUAUAAAGGUGUCGGCGUAAACCUAAAUGAUCCCUACGAAAACUUCAGAAAGAACAAAGGUGCAGCAUUUAUAACGAGAAUGAAGGAAAGAGCACUGGAGCGUUCUUCGUGAUUACUGUAGUUGUCUGAAUGUACAUGUGUAUAUGAGAUUGUGUGGAUGAAACAUGAUUUAUUUUAUCUAAAUCAUUCAAGAUCAUCAUCUUCAAGAUUAAAAAAGUUUAUGAAUUUUA